AUGCAGCUUACCAAAGUCUGUCUUGCCUUCGGCAUAUUUGCAGCUGCUUUCGCGCAGUCCAAGAUCAAGAUCAUGCCUUUGGGUGACUCUAUCACCGAAAUAACUUGCUGGAGAGCACUGGUAUGGGACCAGUUUGUCAAGGAGAAUCUUGCCGACAAGGUGCAAUUCAUUGGCUCCAUGACGAACAACCCCCAAAAUUGCCGAGCCCAGUCAGGCUCUUUUGACCUCCAUCAUGAGGGCCACUCGGGUUGGCUCUCCAUCAACAUUGCCAACCAGUAUCUACAGGGGUGGCUUGCAAGCACUAAGCCUGAUAUUGUGCAGUUCAUGCUUGGCACCAACGAUGUAGCGCAAGGGCGCACGACCAACGAUAUUGUCGCUUCGUACACGAAGAUGGUAGGGUUGAUGAGGGCGUCCAACCCGCGCAUGAAGAUUCUGAUUGAUCGCUUGAUCCCGUUGUCCUUUAAUGGGGGUGGAAUCGAUACUUUGAACCAGCGAAUCCCGGGAUGGGCCAUCGAACAGAACUCUACCAACUCUCCAAUCACAGUUGCGGACUGCUCGAGUUCUGCCGGGUUCACAACCUCCAUGUUGCGAGAUGGCGUACACCCCAACGAUCAGGGAGACCAGGUCAUAGCCCGGCAGGUGGGUCCAUUGCUGAUCAAGUACGUCAGGGAUCUCAUUGCCGAGAGGGGGCUAUGA